AUGUCAGACGAAUCGGGAAAACCUGCUCGCACAGCUAACACUUCUGCUAGUGGCGAUAAACCCAUACCCAGAGCCUGGCCACCAUCACAAGCGCAAUUGAACAGUUUCCGUUCUCAAUACCAAGCGCGGGGUGAGGGCAUACGAGUACUCGACGGAUAUGCCCCGACAACGUCGCAAGAGGAGACCAAGCAUCCUACCAUAGCUACUCGUAGUGACUUUUUGAAGAACCAGAAGAAGCAUUUAUUGCCGGAGACGAGGAAAAGAAGAGGAAGCAAUACGAGAACUCUCAAGACCACCAGAAUUACAUGA